CAGUGACCUCGGCUAGCGCCUCCCCUCCGGCCAUCUCGCCUGUGGAGUGCAGCGACUGUCACAGCAGAGCGAACGAGUGCGGAGAUUCCAGUGAAUCAUCGGAUACAGUUGUUCCAUCCUAGUGAAUCUCUCUGUGUUUCAUUUUUUCUGAUUGCUGUGCUGGGUUUUAAAAAGAGCUGCAGAUCCAAAUCUAAAUAAGACGUAAAAGAUGUCUGCUUUGAGUGGGAAAGUCCAGACGGUGCUUGGCCCGAUCAAUCCCAUUCUGCUUGGAAGAACACUAACCCAUGAGCAUCUGACGAUGACUUUUGACAUGUGCUACCACCCACCUCCACCAGAUCAAGAGGCUCUAAUUCACCAGCCCAUUGAGAUGAAAAACCGAUUUUGGGUACAGCUAAACCCCUAUAGCUGCAAGGACAACCUCCAUUUAAACCAGGAGACAGAGGCAGUAAAGGAAGAACUACUUCACUUCAAAAAAGCAGGCGGUGGAACAAUUGUAGAGAAUACAACCACCGGCAUCGAUCGGGAUGUGAAGACCCUCAAGAAGCUGUCACAGGAGACUGGAGUGAACAUUGUUUCUGGAGCCGGGUUUUACGUAGACGCUUCUCAUUCCAAAGAGACGAGAAGCAUGUCUGUUGAGAAGCUUACAGGAAUUAUCAUUGAUGAAAUACUUCAUGGUGCGGAUGGCACAGAUAUUAAAUGUGGAGUGAUUGGAGAAAUUGGCACAUCCUGGCCAAUAACCGACAGUGAAAAGAAGGUCCUGCAGGCCACCGCACAUGCCCAGACUCAACUUGGAUGUCCAGUGAUAAUCCACCCUGGUCGACAUGAUUUAGCUCCUUUUGAAGUGGUCCGUAUACUGCAAGAGGCGGGAGACCUCUCCAAAACUGUAAUGUCCCAUAUGGACAGGACUAUUUUUGAGAAGGAGAAACUGCUCGAGUUUGCAAAGCUGGGAAGUUACGUGGAGUAUGAUCUUUUUGGAACAGAAAUGCUAAACUACCAUUUCAGGCCAGAUGUGGAUAUGCCGUGUGACAAUCAGAGAAUUCAAAGUGUUCGUCUUUUAGUCGAUGAAGGAUAUGAAGACCAACUUCUCAUUGCUCAUGAUGUACACACUAAAAACCGACUCACCAAGUAUGGAGGUCAUGGAUACUCUUAUAUCUUAGAGUACAUUGUUCCCAAAAUGCUUACUAGGGGCAUUGCACAGUCUGCUGUCGACAAAAUACUGAUUAAGAACCCCAAAAAAUGGUUAACUUUCAAGUAAUUCCUUAUCCUAAUGCAUGCAAAAAUGUGAGAAAUUGUUUUUAUUUUCUAUCCUGAACACAAUUUAUUUUGGGUUGGGCUGAAUUAUUUGCAAGCUAAAAUCAAAAUAAGUUGGUUAUUAAAAACAUUUUUCUUUGA